AUGUCUCGAAGACGCGUUGGAGAACGACAAGCAGAAGCGUUGGCACUUCCUCUUGGAAUUUCAUUCGCUGCUUUUACCAAUCUGGUUCUUGAGAGAAGUGGCGCGAAUCAGAAUUUUUAUGUCGAUGAUCUUGCAAUAAUUUCUGCUUCCGCUGUUGAAGAAUCUUUAGCCAAUGUGUAUGGUGAUAAGCUUGGUUCUGUUGCGACCAACUUUGAGAGAUCUUUUAAGAGUACUCUAAAGAUCCUUAAAUUGACUAGUGAAUCCACAUUCCCGCAUCAGUUAGACAAUAAUAAUGUAGACCGUUCUACAAUAGAGAAUGCUUAG